AUGAACCUGAUGUCAGCCGCCAUCUUGGCAUCCGACCGAGUGCUGACGGUGAGUCCGAACUACGCCGUCGAAGUCCAGAGCCCGGAGGGCGGCCAGGGCUUGCACGAGAUUCUCACGGAGAAAGGACGGCAGCUGCGGAUGGCCGGGAUCCUCAACGGAAUCGCCGACGAGUGGGAUCCCAGGACGGACCCCCACAUCCCCAGAAAUUAUGGCUUGUCAGACUUUUUAGAGGGCAAGAUGCAUUGCAAGAGCGAUUUGCAGCGUUCUUUGGGUCUCCACGAAGACCCGGGAGCUGCUUUGUUCGGCUUCUGUGGUCGCUUGUGCUUUCAGAAGGGCGUGCAUUUGAUCACGCAAGUCAUCCCCUGGCUGCUCACCUACGAGAACAGCGGCGUCCUGGGCCGGGUCCAGGUGAUCUUGAUGGGCAAGGGCGAUGACAUGUACGCCUCGCAGCUCUCCAACGCCGAGAACACCAACCGAGGCCGCGUCUGCGGCUACGUGGGCUUCGACCCCAAAGUCGAGCAUCGCAUGAUGGCGGGCUGCGACUUCCUGCUGAUGCCGAGCCAGUACGAGCCCUGUGGCCUUCCACAGAUGUAUGCACAGGCCUAUGGCACCGUGCCUGUGGUCCACGAGACAGGAGGCUUGAAGGACUCGGUGCUCGGCCUCUGGGACGAGGAGAGGGAUCGGAGGACCGCCACCGGGUUCCUUUUCUCCGGCUUCGAAGAGAACAACUUCAAGGAGCGCCUCUACCAG